UCCUUCCACUCUCAUUUGGAAGAUUAAUUCAGAUUGUUUUUUAUCUGUAAAAGCGAACUUAAGGAUUUAGAUUCAAGAAACAUAUAGAGACAUAUAUGGGAGAAACACCAUCCGAAAUGAUCAAUAACCUCAACUUGGAUCAAGAUGACAUGUAUAUGGAGUUAGAGAAGCCUUACCUACAGACGAACACGAACAUGUUGCUGGAGCAACAUCGACAACAGAAUCUACAGAUAUUCAUCAUACCAACUUAUAUCAAAGAGAGAAAUCCAGAUGCUUACAAGCCAAAAAUGGUAUCCAUUGGUCCAUACCACUAUGGUCAACCCCACUUGAUUAAAAUGCAAUUACAUAAGAAAAGAGCCCUACUUCACUUCCUCAAGAGAUCACAGGUACGCGCAACUAAACAAGACUAUGUAGACAGACUGAUGCUAGUUGUGGAUCAAUUGAGGAAAAGUUAUGAGCAGGAUGUCGAGCAGAUGGAAAGGUGGAAAAAUGAUGAUGAUGGCUUCGUUAAACUCAUGAUGAUUGAUGGAAUUUUUCUCAUCGAAUUCUUGUCUGUCUUGAAGGGUAAUCAGAACAAUCGCGAUUAUGCUAAUAUUGACCCUAUUUUUGGUCAUCGUGGACAUAACUUGAACUAUAACUAUGUGAUGCAAGACUUGUUGUUAUUGGAGAACCAACUACCUUAUCUAGUACUCUCUACGUUGCUUUCCGUUUCCGAAGGCCAAUCUGAAGAGAACACGCACAGAAUUCUCUCGACAAUUAUGUUUUCUCCCCCGAAAUUCCAAGGCCAUCACUUGUUAGACACAUAUAUGAAGGGAAUAUUGGGAGGAGGAAGCCAUCAUCAACGGGGAGAUGAGGAAAGGACCAUUCGAAUUUCUGCUUCAAAGCUCCGUAAGUACGGAGUCCAUUUCAAGACUGUUGCAAGCUACAACAAGAUAAAGUUUGACAAGCACACUGCAACGUUAAGUCUUCCUUCCAUCAUCAUCAACAAACAAACGAAAGAUAGAUUUUUUAACUCGAAAGUCUAUGAGCUUCGUGUGGGUACAAACAAAGAUCUCAACUCUUACAUCCACCUCAUGGACUCUCUUAUCCAAUCUGCCAGUGAUGUUAACUCACUACGCUCUCAAGGGAUUAUAGUUAGUUCUCUGGGUAGUGAUGAGGCUGUGGUGGAAGUAAUGAAAGAACUCACAAAAGAUACAGUGCGAGGAGAAGUAGAUCAAAUUUCUAUUCGUACAAUUGCGGAGGUGAAGGAGUAUUAUCAUCGGGAGAAAAAGGCAACUAGAAAUUGGAUAUGGGUGCGCGAUAACUGGGCUUCAAUAGUAGGGGCUGCAACUAUACUAUUGUUACUGUCAGUAGUUCAGACUGUUUACACAGUUCUUGCUUUUCACUACAACAAGAAAUAGCACUUCAAAAUUUGUGCGUUCUAAAUAUUGUUGCUAAAAUAAGCUUUCAUCAUAAUGUACUAUAUGUACAUACUAUUAUAUACCUGUUUAUUUAUGCUUAAUUGCUUUAACAA